GCGGGCACCGGGUCAUCAGGUACCGGAUCGUCUGGAUCGACAGCGGGCACCGGGUCAUCUGGCAUUGGAUCGUCUGGCUUGACAGCGGGCAUCGGGUCACCAGGCAUGACAGCGGGCACUGAGUCACCAGGCAUCAGGUCACUUGGCUCGCCAGCGGGCACCGCGUCAUCUGGCAAGGCAGUGGGCACCGAGUCACCAGGCACGACAGUGGGCUCCGAGUCAACUGGCAUGACCGCGGGCACUGGGUCAGACAUUGGAUCGUCUGGCCCGACAGCGGGCAUCGGGUCACCAGGCAUGACAGGGGGCACUGGGUCAUCAGGCAUUGGAUCAUCUGGCUCGACAGCGGGCAUCGGGUCACCAGGCAUGACAGUGGGUACUGGGUCAUCAGGUACCGGAUCGUCUGGAUCGACAGCGGGCAUCGAGUCAACUGGCCUAAUGGAAUCAUCAGGCUGGAUCAGCUGGGUAGAGGCAUCAGGCUGAAUUGUGGGCGCCGAGGCACCAGACUGCACCACGGAAGAUGGGUUCUCAGAUGGGAGGCUGACCGGUUUGGAUACUGGCAGGAUGUUACCGGAGCACCAGGGCUUCUUUACAGGGUUAAAGGCAGGAUAGGUGCAGCGAGUGGGAACAGGGUACUGACAUGCGGUAGAUAGCAGGGUAUAC